AAAACUGUUCUUGUAGAGAGUAUGUAGUUUCAUUCAUCUUGCUACAAGAGAGACUUCAUGGUCCAAAAAUCACCGGUGACGAAGUUUCUAUAUAUAUAUUGUUUUGUAUAAAAAAAUAGGUGCUUAUUUUCUUCUUCAAUGUUGCUACAUGAAACGAAAGGCUUUCUAAACCCAGCAGUAUUGAUUUUUCUUUAAAGAUUUUAGUCAGUUGAAAAGAAUUCACGUGGAUUAAUUCAAUGAAAAAAAAUAAUGAUUAAAUUGAAAUUAUUUGAACUGGACUCAAGCCUUUGAAAGGUUCCCAAUGGUUUGCUUGUAUGAGGAAAGACUCGAGAUAACAUAGUUAUUACAAAGAAAACUGAAGCUUUUUUCAUUCAUCUACAAGUUUUACAGGAUAUUAAAGUUCACACGAUAGUCCUUCACAACGGGCAAAUUUGAUUUACUGUCUGUGACAAAUCCUUCUAGUAACUAAAGAUCAAGUUGGCAACAAUUUCGGUUCAAUCCUUCACUUCUACUGAAUUUAAGAGAAACAUAUAUAUAAAAGUUAUUCAUGACCUUCCUCAAAGGAAUGCCCUACUAAACCUUACCUUGUAGCUUGUAACUAGUAUAGUGUCUUUAGAAGAAGAAAGCGUUUUCUUGUUCUAUUGACAUACUCUAUUUGGCAUAAAGACUUUAAAUUAACAUCAUAAACAUUUGUGAAAUGAAUGUUGCUUUCCGGUGUGCAUACACCUAUCCUAAGCAAUGAUUACUCCAAAAUUUGAUUUGCAGCAGGAUGCGGAUUUUCUUUAUUUAAGCAUUCAUGCACCUCAUAUAAAGGCUCAAAAUGCCGAAAUUGAAGCUAUGGGAUCAGAGAUCCAUUUUUGUAUCGCCCCGUACUUCUUGAAACUAGAGCUUCCGGGAAAUGUAUUAGAUGAUGAACGAUCUCAUGCUUCUUAUGACAUUGGGAAAGGAAUGAUUCAUAUUAAAUUCGCCAAGGAAACUCCUGGGGAAGAGUUUCCUAAUUUAGACUUAUUAACGACUUUACUUGUGAAUAAAGAAAAAUCAAAGACACCUAAGAAAGCAUUGAUUGAAGAAGUGGGUGAUGUCCCGGCUGCAGCAAGUACAGAAGGAGAGGUACAAGCAGACGACAUUGAUCCAGAAAUCGAUUGGAGAAAUAUCCGUUUUGAUGAUCCCAACUUCGACUGGGGUUUGCUUCAAAGGAUGGAAGAUAAAAAGAUGAAAUAUACAUCUACAUCAAAUUACGGAUUUAAUGAUCAACAUACUGGAUUACUUAAAUACUUGGAGGGGAAUGAAAUAAACGUGUUGCCAGAGCCUGAACUUACGGACCCGGUACAAAGGAGCCAAAUACGAAAGCAAACAGAAGAUGAGAAGUUCGAUCCAGAGUAUUAUUUAGCUGAUUUUUACGAUCAUGAGAUGAUUGAUGAGUUGAUUCACUACACUCCUGAUUAUGUUGAAUUGUCCAAACGCGCUAAAUCCGGAGAACCAAUACCUUUUGAAUUCACAGAAAAUGAACAGCAAGGUUUAUUAUCCCUUCCGAAAAAAUCAUAUAUUAUUGAAAAUCCAAAGAGGAUUUACCUUAACCUGGUGGCACUAAUUUUCGCAUAUGCUUAUGAUCACCGGACAACAUUAGGAGACCCUAGCAGUGAAUCUGUCUGGAACAUUGGAAUCAUGGCUCCUAAUAUCGCAUGCCUUGACACAAAUUUUUCUUCAAUUCAAGAAGUAGCUUGUGCAUGCUUCCGCCGAUCCUUGGCAUAUCCCUUGUAUCGAAAUUGGAAUCUUGCAGAAACAUGUUGGAAAGACACGUAUGCCAUUCUCAGCCUGGGAAAGCGAUGGAUUCUUCGUGUUUUACUCCGCAUGAAAUCUUUAUUUGAACAUCAUGAUGUAUAUUACAUUUACAAUACCAUGAUUAUUAAUGAUUAUGCUUAUUGGAUUCAAACAGCAAAUGACAACGUGCUAGAAGCCCUGACUUAUCAGGUUAUGGAAUAUAUGCCAAAAAAGUCUGACGUUGGCUGGCAACUAGAGGAGUUGGAAGCGGAAAGUAUUCAACAAAUGGAAGAGGAUAAUGAUGGAGAGGAUUAGGUUCAUAUAAAAAUCAGAAAAGUAAACGGAAUGUUAAACAUUGAAGCAUUAGGAGAAAGGUAUAGACUGGUAUUCCAGGUAUUCUAGGGAAAAGCAGUUGGAACCAGCAGUUCAUAACCAAUAACUAAAAGUUGGAAAAAAAGAGCGAUG